AUUUAAAAACUGUUUUUUGUAGGACUUUAUUUAAUAGGUUAAAACGAAAUUCGUAAAAUGUAUGAUGAAGCAGAAACAGAUGAAUGGACCCCACCAACUGAAGCCGAAAUGAAGAUACUACAGUCACGACAAGAGAGAAGUGAUGAAAUUAGUAGAAGAUUGGGAAAUUACAUGUUACAAGGAUAUAGAAUGCUAGACGCGCUAUGUGAGGUCUGUGGAACGAUUAUGAUGCAACCGCGCAAUGGAGAAGAUUUCUGUGUUGCUUGUACAGAGAUGGAAUCGGAAAUAUCGAAAGAUGAUCAUGCCAUAAGUGAAGAAGCUGCACUAUCCACUAAAAAAGAGCAGGAAGAAAGAAAAAAGGCAAAUGCUUCUGGGGAAGGACGCAUCACUUCUGCUUUUUCAAAGGCAAUAGACAAUUCAAUAAAAGAUGCUGUAAGAUCAACUGCUUCAAAUCGUAGCUUUCCCCAAUCAAGUUCUGGUCCAUCAAGUGUACCUCAUGCUAUGGAACAUCCUAAGGGAGAAAUUGUUGAGGACAGUUUAGCACCUGUGAAGCAGACCAUGGCGACAUUUAAUAAACCAAAUGAAGAUUCAAGCUUCCAGAAUCUCCAGUCUGAUAUAAGAGCUCCUGUCCCCUGCACACAUUUGAAUGCUACUAUUCAUGAACUGCUGAAAAAGAUAGCUGAAUACACUGAAGCGUUAAAAGUUACUGACAACAUAGAAACCACUGGGAAACUGGCAGAUGUGAUUAAAUCAUGUUCAGAUAGCGUCUAUGCUGUAAAGAGAAUUUUGUAAUGGAAAAAUACGGUGUCAUCUUUCGUAUCUUGCGAAAUUAUUGUGCUAGCCUUUUUGCAUGCAAUUGCGUCUGAAAUGAAACAGUCAGUUCUAUGUUUUAUUAAUAAAAUUCACAGUGAUUUGGGUACAAAGCUUCAUAGCCCACAUGUAAA